UUAAUCCUGUUUUCUUCUGUGUACAGGAAUCCUCCACCUAUUUCCCUUUGUCCUGAAGGUUUGAAGACUAGAAACUAUCCAGAAGAAGUACGCCAGCACCUGCACAGGUUUGCUGCAGAGGUGACAGUAAACCCAGACAGGAAACAACGGAAGGAAUUGGCUCAGGACACGAACCUGCAGCCAGUUCAGGUCUAUAACUGGUUUGCGAAUUAUCGGCGACGUCGAAAAUCCUGCGUCCUUCCUAUGGAACAGCACAACUCCUGUCCUGGGAGGGCUCAGGCUUCCCACGCAGAGGAGGAGCAGACUGCAGGUGGAUCUCAUGCAGACACUGGUUCUGAGCAAAUGGAGAUAACCCUCGGGCCCUGGGAGCCAAGAUGGGAGCAGUCAGCUGCAGAUCUGAUUGAGCCUCCCAGAGGAAUGUAUUUAGAGAUGCUGGAAUCCAGCUUUAUGCAGAGCACUGAGGUGUAUGAGGCAGGAACAAGCAUGGCUUUGUUCUCCACUCCCAACAUUGAACAACCUGUACCUUUCUGCACCGAGGCUGUGCUGGAACCAGGACCCUGCUUUAGCCCUGCAUGGCUGCAGCCCAGAGCAGCAGUGAGCAGUGCUGUGGCCAGCCCCCAGCUGGGGAGCUUGGUCCUGUACCCUUACAGGCCCCUUCCCAUCCUGGAUGAACACCUGGCCAUGUGGCAGAGCCCUUGGAGCACCAGAGGAGUCUCUGGCUCUGUGUGGACCCCAGAUAUAGAAGCAGGUAUCAGAGUUCCCUUGAGCAGAGUCCCUCAAGGUGGCUCUAUUGAAGGCAGUCCAGGAAGAAUCAUUCAGCAGUCAGAUUUAGAGGUUGAAAGCUUCAUCCUUAGAGAAGGACAGCUAGGGACCCUGGAAUCUAUUCCCCACAGUUCCUGUCAGACUGUGUUUGACAAGCCUCAGUGCCCACCUGUUUCUGCACCCUGCAUGGAAGAAAGCCAAGCCUUGGGACAAAGCCAGGUCCUGGAGAAUCCAGCUGGUGACCCGUUAAGCAGCGACACGUUCUGGGCAGCGUGCCUGCUCUUUGAAUUCUCUGCCAGGGGACAGAUGUGACCUGCCUGCAGAGACACUCGGGGUGGGCUGCGCUUCCCCAGGAAACACCCCAUCGAUGCCUAUUUUUUCCUCUUGUAUUUUUUUAUAAAUUAAUCAGGAGUUUGACAAGGGGAUGAAUAAGAGUGAGGGAGAAGGAUUGGAGGUGUUUUCAAAUGGUUACGAAGUUUGGUUUACUUACAGUUUUAUUAAGAAUUUUGCAAAGGAUAGAAGAAACACUGUGGACUGGAGGUUUUUACUGGAGCAGUCUGAAGCUGUAGUGUAGAUGCUAAAAUUACCAAGGCACUUAUUCUGUGGCAGUUACAUGGAUUAUCCAUAGUACUGGUGAGAUCAGAGUCCUUCACUGCAUCAUGAAGGUAAAUUAAGCUCCUCUACUUUAAAGGAGUAAAAUUUAGUUAUAUUGCCUUACAGUGGAUAUUGAAUAACUUUUUCUCAGUUCUGGAAAACAAGGUGUCAGCUAAGUGCUGGUAAAAUACAGCUGUUUCUUAUCCCUGCUUUUCUGUUGUGCUGCAGGGUGUAACUUCUGGAAGGUUCCAUGUUCCGUAGUGCCACAGAUGACACAAACUGGAGCAUGGCAGAAAUUUCAGUGCUAAAGCUCUGGCAGGAAUGGGGGAGGUCAUACCAUGGUUUUGGUGUUUAAUACCAAGAAGUAGCAAGGUGCAGGUUAAAAGCUAAUCCCGCAAGUCAUGGGGAGUGGUCUUUUGGGUAUUUUCCCUAUUUUCCAUUUAGGGUAUUUUUUGCAGUGUUACUGUGGGGGUUUAAAUCUGUGUUGGAGAAGGGGUCAUCUCUGCCAAACCUCCAGCCUGGAGAUACACGGAGGAGGUGCUUCCCUUACCAUUUGUUACAAAGUUAGCAAAUAAAGGUUGUCAAUUACUGUU